CCCAUUUCCCCAUUUCCCAUUUCCCUUCGCGGCUAGAGGCGUUGCAGAUAUAUGCCGAGGCUGUCCACCCCUCAAAUAAUAUUCGUUUGAGGCAUGCACCCUUGCUUGUAAAUGUAUCACUUGCAGAAAGUACUAGGUCUAUAGUUCCAACUUUUCUUCCGGUUAAAAGUUGUCUUCCUCAGCUGGUGACUCUCAAUCUCAACUUGCACAUGAAUCUGAAUAUGAGUGCAAUGGUGAGGCACCCAGAAUUUCCAGAAUUAACUUGUCUCAAGGACUUAACAUUGAAUGUUGUCGCAAGUGAUCGGCAAAGCCUCCUUAAUUUGACUAAAUUGAUAGAGCGGUCUCCUUUCUUGCAUAGAUUUACAUUGGAUCUAAGAUGGGCACGAGUGCCAUGUCUGAGGAAUUUGCAGAAGGUUAAUAAAUGUCCUCAUCAGUGCCUUAAGGUGGUGAAAUUUUCUGGGUUCGUUGGGUCUAGUAUCGACACUGAGCUUGCCAUGUACUUCACUGAGAAUGCCGUUGCGCUUGAAACGUUUCUCGUCGAUCUCAGAAAGGUUGUCGUUGAAGAAUCCACUCUGUUGUCUGAAUUUGUUACAACCCAGAAACAAUUGAGGGCAGCAAGAAAGCGUGCUUUGCAGAUAGGUAAAAAACUACCUCCAGGAACUGAGUUAAUUGUUUUGUAAUUUCACUUGUUUAAUCCUCUUUGCUACAGACGUGAUACACUUUUUGCAGCAUGUAAUUUGCUACUAUUUAUUUCUGACAUUUUCCGAAAUUGAAAUAAUGUUUGUGUGGUGAACAAGGAUGGCAGUUUAGGUACUUGAUUGAUUUCUUCCAAUAUGUAGAUUCUUGAAUGAGUUGGAGACAAAAUGAAGAAGGACAUGUGAUU